AUGGAGAAUCUAAUUACGGAGCUCGUCUUCAUCCCUGCACCAGGGGUUGGUCACAUCAUGUCCACCAUCCAGAUCGCAAAACUACUCGUGACACGCGACCACCACCUCUCCAUUACUGUCCUCCUCAUUAACCCGCCUCCCACCUUCGGCUCCUGCUCCGCCGUCACCACGUACAUCCAAUCAUUAGCAAAGACCAAAAUGGAUCGUAUCUCCUUCAUCGAUCUCCCUCAAGACAAAACCCCACCAGUCUCAAACGUUCCCAUGGCUGCCUUGACUAAUUGUAUCAACAAUCACUGCAAAUACGUAAGAAAAAUUGUCGCCAACAAGAUGAGUCAACCGGGUUCGGCUCGUGUCGCCGGGUUCGUCGUCGACAUGUUCUGCACCGGGAUGAUAGAUGUGGCAAACGAGUUUAAUAUUCCGACAUAUGUGUUCUUCACUUCUAAUGCUGGGUUUCUUAGAUUUAAGUUGUACAUCCAGACACUCUAUGAUUAUGAAAACCAAGAUAUUGUCGUGUUAAGCAACUCGGAUUCCACGAUUCACGUUCCGAGUUUUGUCAAGCCAGUGCCCACAAAGGUUUUUCCAAGCGUCUUCCAGACUCUAGAGGGGCUGGACUUUGUUCUGGGGUCUGCCCGUAGACUGAGAAAGGCGAAAGCGAUCAUUGUCAAUACAUUCUUUGAAUUGGAAACACACGCUAUCAAGUCAUUCUCGGAAGACUUCACCAUUCCGAUGGUGUAUCCGGUGGGCCCGAUACUAAACCUAGAAGGCUGUUCCCUAAAAGCGUCGGGUAAUGAUGAAAUCAUCACCUGGUUAGACAGUCAACCGCUUUCCUCGGUGGUGUUCCUGUGUUUUGGGAGUACGGGAAGUUUUGACGAGGUACAAGUGAAGGAAAUAGCAAACGGGUUAGAGCGGAGUGGCCACCGUUUCCUAUGGUCCCUGCGUCGACCUCCAAAAGAUAAGAGAACAAGAGCGCCGAGUGAUUACGAGGACCUAGGAACAGUAUUGCCCGAAGGAUUCUUGGAACGGACUGCCAAAAUCGGAAAAGUAACGGGGUGGGUCCCUCAGGUGGAUGUGCUGGCUCAUGGUGCAGUCGGAGGGUUUGUGUCUCACUGCGGGUGGAACUCGUUGUUGGAGAGUUUGUGGUUUGGUGUACCAUCGGCUGCAUGGCCAAUUGACGCUGAGCAACAGAUUAAUGCGUUUGAAAUGGUGGUGGAGCUUGGUUUGGCACUGGAGAUUAAGUUGGAUCAUAAGGAUUUUUGUAAUCAGAAGGCUAAUAAAGUCGUGGUCACUGCGGAGGAGAUUGAAAAUGGGGUAAGACGAUUGAUGAAGGAUAACAAGGUUAGAACAGAAGUUAAAGAAAUGAGAGAGAAAAGCAUAGCGGCGGUGGCAGAGGGAGGUUCGUCGUAUGCUUCUGUAGGGCGUCUUAUUUUAGACUUUAAACGAAACCUGUUAUGA